GUCCCGGAAGAGGGCGCCGAGGACCAAGGAACUGGGAGAUGGAGGCACCGCUGGUGUUGCUGGUGAUGGGCGUGAGCGGCUCCGGGAAAUCUACCGUGGGCGCGCUGCUGGCCUCUAAGCUGGGAUGGAAAUUCUAUGAUGCCGAUGAUUACCACUCUGAAGAGAAUCGGAUGAAGAUGGGAAAAGGGGUACCUCUGAGUGACCAGGACAGGAUCCCAUGGCUCUGCAGCUUGCAUGACAUUUUAGUAAGAGAUGUGGCCUCAGGACAGCAUGUUGUUCUAGCCUGUUCAGCACUGAAGAAAAUGUACAGAGACAUCUUGAUACAUGGAAGAAAUGAUGUGCCUUUGAAAAGCAAUGAGUCAGCAAAGGGAAAGCUGGCUGGCGAACAGCUCUUGGUGGUCUACCUCUGUGGGUCGUUUGAGAUCAUUUCCAGACGCUUGUUCCAACGAAAAGGACAUUUUAUGCCGCCUGAGUUACUGCAGUCUCAGUUCAGUAUUCUGGAGCCCCCAUCAGCUCCUGAAAACUUCAUCCAAGUCAGCGUGGACCAAAGUGUCUCGGAGAUCGCUGACGCCAUUAUGGAGGAGCUGCAAAUGAAGUAAUCACUUCUCACCUGUGGUUUACAGCGCACUCUGGUUCCAAGCGCCUCACCAGUGAGUGGUGAAUUCUAAAUCCCUAACUGAGAACAAACCACAGUGCGUGGAGGUCACUGUUUGACUGUAUUGACAGGAGUCUGUGGUAUGCUUGGCAUCCUGCAGGUGUGCCAGGAGGAGGGAAAGGAAGUCAAAAGUUAAAGCUGAAACUUGUGUAAAGUCAUGUAUAAUGCAACCAGAUUGUCAGUGGAAAUCCUGUAAUCAAUGCUAGAAAUCACUACCACUCAAAAGAA